AUGCCGACCACACACUUUUCAGAUGACCCUCCGCAGGUCAUGAACCAGGAGGAUCUCGAGCGCGCCAACGAGCUGCUCCGGAACCAGUCCGCCGGCGACAAAGUAGCCACUGCCGCCGCCGCCUUGGACGAGGAAAAGGCCGCCGCCGAGAAUGGCGCCUCCGGGAGCAGCGACUCGGCCGACGGCGAUGGCGUCCCGCGAACCGGCAGCAACGGCGCCCAGCUGGAAAAGAUUGGCACGUACGACAAGUAUGAAAUCACCGAAGACGACUGCUACGACGAGCUCGGCUUCUCGUUCCCCACGUGGAAGAAGUGGUACAUUCUCACCGUCAUCUUUUGGGUGCAGGUGUCGAUGAACUUUAACACGUCGCUCUACUCCAACGGCCUCGAGGGCAUCCGCGAGGACUUUGGCGUCAGCCUGCAGGCCGCGCGCUGCGGCGCCAUGAUCUUCCUCGUCCUCUACGCCUUUGGCUGCGAGCUCUGGGCGCCCUGGUCCGAGGAGUUUGGUCGCUGGCCCGUCCUCCAGCUCUCGCUCUUUCUCGUCAACAUCUGGCAGCUUCCCGUCGCCCUGGCGCCCAACUUUGCCACCAUCAUGGUCGGACGUGCCCUCGGUGGCCUGUCCUCUGCCGGUGGUUCAGUCACGCUUGGUAUGAUUGCUGACAUGUGGGAGGCUGAUCACCAACAAUACGCCGUCGCCUACGUUGUAUUUUCGUCUGUCGGAGGUUCGGUACUCGGUCCCAUCGUUGGUGGUUUCAUCGAGCAAUAUCUUCACUGGAGAUGGGCCAUGUGGGUGCAGCUCAUCCUUGGCGGCUUUGUCCAGAUAGUUCACUUCUUGACCGUCCCCGAGACCCGUUCCACCAUCAUGAUGAACCGUAUUGCGAAGCGUCGCCGCACAAAGAACGGAGAGAACAUUUGGGGCCCCGAUGAACUUGUCCCCUACCGUGACCGCUUUUCCUUGAAAGAGAUUCUGUCGACUUGGGCAAGACCUUUCAGGAUGUUUCUCACUGAGCCCAUUGUUCUGGUUCUAUCGCUCCUGUCCGGCUUCUCCGAUGCGCUCAUCUUCAUGUUUAUACAGUCCUUUGGCCUCGUCUACGAGCAGUGGCACUUUUCCAAGGUUCAAAUCGGCCUCGCCUUCAUCCCCAUCGGUGUAGGCUAUCUUCUCGCAUGGCUCCUGUUCAUCCCGGCCAUUAAGCGCAACAUGAAGGAGCGCGCAGCCAAGCCCCAUGACGAGCGUGCCCAGUAUGAAUCGCGCCUCUGGUUCCUGCUGUACACGGCCCCUUGCUUGCCCAUCGGUCUCAUCGGUUUUGCUUGGACCAUCCAGGGUCCUCCCAUUCACUGGAUCGGUUCCAUGAUUUUUGCUGCCAUUGUCGGUAUCGCAAAUUACGCCAUUUACAUGGCCACCAUUGACUACAUGAUUUGCGCAUAUGGUCCCUACUCUGCUUCCGCUACAGGUGGCAACGGUUGGGCUCGCGACUUCUUGGCUGGUGUUUUGACCAUUCCAGCCGUCCCCUUCUUCAGCAACAUUGGCACGUCGAGCGGCAAAAACUUGGAAUAUGCCUCGACCAUCCUUUUUGCCAUUUCUUUCGUUCUCGUCAUUGCUGUGUACGUAAUCUACUGGAAGGGGCCCGUUCUGCGACACCGCUCUCCCUUUGCGCAGCAGCUCGCCAGCGCACGCCAGGAGCACCCCGAGCGCCGCAACAGCGUCCUUCACGAAGAUCGCCAAGGAUCCAAAGCUUCUGGUACUCCGCAGCGGCCCGGAGCCGAACGACGAUACAGCCAGCAGCACCGCUUCUUUGGUGAAAGCCGCGUCACUCCUCGCCAGACUCCUCGUGGUACUCCGUCGGCGAGCCGCAGGCCUAGUCUUGCCAACCUUCACGCCAAAUAG